UCCAUUUAACUUUGAGCCUACGUUAGUUAUGAAACAGUCUUUUUGAUACUGAAAUUUUUUAACCCUUGCUUCCUUGUGUGUGUAGAAUAUUCCAGGAUAGAUUUCGAUGGCAGAUAUUUUCUGUAAGAAAGAUGCCCUGCAGCUCCUGCAAAAUCGUUUCAUUCUUAUCAUUGGUGAUUCAAAUACAAGGGCACUGUACAAUGAUUUGAUUUACCUCCUCCAUGAAAAUGAUGUGACUUCCCCAGCUGUCUUCAGGAAGCACUCCAAUAAGAAUGUGAAAGUGAAGGAGGUGGAUAAGGUGGUAAAGCAAAACGACGUCAGAAAUGCUACCCGCAACCUCCAGGAAAUAAGGGAGUAUUGGGGCGCUAACGGCGUGCGCGUUCGCUUCUGCUUUGUGACGCGAGUGAUGGGUCAACAGAUGCUGUGGCAGCUCAAUGAGAUGGAGCGCGGUGACAUACCUUGCCCGGAUAUUAUACUGCUCAACUCCUGUGUCUGGGACAUUACGAGGUGGGGAGCUAUGAUGGAAGACACGUACAAGCAGCAGCUGGUGCAGGUUUUUACACGGCUGCGGCAGCUGGUGCACCCUGAUACUCUCGUCAUGUGGGCCACAACGCUGCCUGUCGCUGAGAACCUCGUCAGGGGCGGGCUUCUUAUCAAGCAGUUGGACUUCAUCCAGAAGAACAUCCGCUUCAUGGCGCUGGAAGCAAACCUGUUCGUCUCAGAGCUGUGCAAGCUUUUCUGCUUCGACAUCGUCGACCUGCACUACCACAUGAGGUUCCAGCUCUCCAGGUAG